AUGACCAAUAAAGGAUUUCCUCCGAGGUCAUCAGAACGUCGUCCAAAUGCGAAAAGUUACUGUUUGCUAAUCUAUUUGGCAAUUUCCAUGGCCUUGAUUGUCAAUCAGUCCCUCAUUGUAUUGAGCCAUGAAAUACGAGUGCUGGAAGCUCCCAGUGUGGAUGUUCUGGAAGCAGUUGGCACUGAGUUAAAAGGCAACAAACCAAUCCAAUUGCUAAUGGCCAAAACGAUAUCAAUAAAGGACGUGAAUGAUACGCUUGCGGACAUGGUGGCCCUGAGACAACAGUUGGACCCAGCCAAAUAUCAGCUACGAUGGAGACUCUUUUGCUACAAUCACGAAACAAACGAUUAUCUAAUGGAAUUGUACAGCAAUGAAGAAUGGAAAGAAAAGUUACGUGCAGAAGUACAUCAUGAACAAGGAUCAGCAAAGGCAACCUUUUGGUACAAACAUAUGAACCCAGAAUCAGUACCCAACGAGAUUGACUACAUUUGGAUCCACGAUGGAGACAUUCGGCUACGAAAUAUGUCUUGGGAUUGUUUCUGGAAUACGGUAUCCAUAUUCAAACCAGCAAUUUUUGCGCCUGCAAUCAUGUCUAGCUUGAGCCAAAAGAGCGAAGAACGGAAAAUAUAUACAGGCAGUACACAUCCAGGACAUUGUUAUACGGACCCGUCUUUCUCACAGAAACAGCAUGUCUUCAGGAAAGUUGUCGCAAUGGAUGUUUCUGUAAUCGAGAUUCAAACACCAAUAUUCAAGGCUGCUGCAUGGAAAACUGUGCAUAAUGAGCUCACGGCAAGAAUCCCUGAAUGGGGAAUUUAUACAAGUUCUUGGGGUCCCGACAUGUACUGGUGCAGUAUUGUGGAUAGGCAACUAUUCGGAGUCAAUAGUACAGAACGAUAUUGGCAACGGCCAAGGAUACGGUGGACGGAUGCUAAAAAUACCUGUGAUAUGCCCAGAUACCUGAGGAAUCAGAUGGAAAAGGACGGCAAACUAGUACAAGGCAAAGACUACUAUGACAAGUUUGACAAGAAGACUUACCCACAUGCCUGCAUGGUCAUUCAAUCCACUCCAGUGGAGCAUCUGGAUUCCAAAACAUUGCCAAUGUACAAUGUUACCAAGCGAGAAAUUGCCCGCGAAAUUGCCAACCAAACGAGAACACGAUAUUUUACUGCCUUGGAGGAUUAUGUAAACAGAGCCAAAAAGCCACACCUUCAUUUGUAUCGUGCCUACAUUGCACCGAACUCAACCGAGUUUGAUUGUCAAGCAUGCAAAUACGAAGGAUGCAAUGCACAGUAG